GGCGGUGCGAUGAGGACGGGAGCUUGCUGUGGUUGGCCUAAUCGGAGGGGAAUGCAGUUGCGGCUUCGUCCGUCAGCGCGGCAGAGGGUCAGCGGUGCCUUGUACCUGGAGUCCAUGGCGAUGCGUCAUCACAGCGUGGUCCGGGCGCCAUCAGGCCGUUCCCGCCACCCGCCACAGCUGAGCGAUACGCAUAAAUUCACGCCCGCCUGCAUCUUCCCCUCCCCGGCGUCAUCUCGUGACUAAAGUUAUGAGCGCGGCGAAUCCCUCUCAGCAUCGCGGGGGCUCGCCAUGGAUCAUCCCCACAAUAUCUUGCUCCCAGCCGGUGACUGGGCCGCGGGGCAGCACGGAAAGGCGAGCGAGACGAGGGGGCGUGCAGUGGAGUUGCAGACGGCAGGCAAUGCGGAAGACGGGGUGACGGUAGAGGGAGAAGUGGUGGGUGCUAAAACGAAGAGACAUGGAGCUGUACUGACCACGUGCCUUAUCAAAUCCUGAGAUGGGUAUUUUAAUGAGGAUGAAGUGUGUAGGAAGAUGAGAUGAGUUACUGGCGGAGUUUGACUGCUUUGCGAAUGGGAAGGAGUUCUAGAGCCAUAUGUGCAAAUGUGGGAGGUGACAAUCUGGGAGCUGUCCAAUCGAACGAGUCUCAAAAGUGGUAGGGAAGUGCAGAUAGCAGCGAAAUCGACGGAAACGGGAAUGGCAAUAUUGGAGCAAAGCUGGCAGCUGCAAGAGUAGUGCGUGCUGGGGAGUUGAAUCCCCGCCGGAAGACAGGAGGCGGAAGCAACCGGUGCAGCAGGGGUCAGUGC